AACAGGAAGAUUAUGAUGUAGGCUUUAAAAGUGGUAAAUCAGAGUGAAACUCAAAUCAGAUUUUCACAUCAUUUGAGGAACAGAAAAGUUUUUCUUCCUUCCUAUAAUAAAGCUUCCAUCCCUUUGCCGUAAAUCCAAGACGCACAGGUUGCCAAUGCGGGGGAAACUCUCUGACAAACAAUCCGUGCGCUCUAUAAAGUGAAUUUAUAUGGCUUUACCCUUCCUUUUCUCAUUGGAUAAAUGGAGCAGUUGUGGCAGAGACCGUGGCGCACAGCAGCAGCAGCAGGCAGCAGCUGAGCGGAGAGAGAGGAGCGCGCACGAAAAACGCUCUUGGAAAGACCAGAGUCAUUCCCAUUGCUCUCCGCCGGGCCAGUCAGGACCGCAGAUACAUAGGAUCCGAAUGUUGCACGACAGAAGGAUGACCCCAAAAAGAAAAGCAUAAGGACUGAUUGAAAAAAAAAAAAACACCUGAGGACCGUCGCAGCAGAGAGAGCGUGACUGACUCCCCAUGGAGGAGAGCGCGGAGAGGGUGAGCUCCUUCACUUCGUACCAAGAUACAAGUUGGAUGUACGCCGAAGAGAUGUUGAUGUGGGACUGAUUUUAUUUGUCUUUUUUAUUAUUAGUUUGUUACACUGAGUUUUGGAUUACAUUUUUUAACCAAGACGCGUCAGAGUGCUCCGAAGCUGUCCACAUCCACAGAGCGAAGCGCACGGUGUCCAAAAAACCUGAACAUUACAAAAAGAGAAUCUGCUCCCCUAUUGCAAAGAAACAGGGAUUAUACAACCAGAGAUGAUUUAGGUGGGUGACCAAAAUAACUCGAAUGUUUUUUUUUUUCGUUUUUUUUUUCUUUUUGAAAGGAAAGCGGUCGCUCUGCUGUGUUCACACGCAGCCAAACUAAACCAAAAGACAACAGAAACGCAUCUGGAUUAAAGCAGCAUGUCUGCAUAAAACGAGAGGUGUGUUUCCCUAAUGAAUUGGGCAUUUAAUUCCUUUAUUUUCAAAUUGGACUUUUGAAUUCUGUUUAUUUUUGGGGGGACGGGACCUCAGCUGGAAAUGUUAACUGAAGACUGUGCCACUUACUACCAGAGAUCGGCAUUCAAAGAGAUAUAAAUAGAAAAGAAAUAUAAAAAAGGCAACACCUAGCAGCCGGGGUGGAUCAGCGUCAAUACAGGGACCAAUAAGCACAGGGACACGCCUCGAAGAUCAUUAAACAAAUCAGAUAAACGCAGCCCCAAAAUCAUCAAUGGAAGUUAUUGAUGAGGUGGUAUAUAAGGCUAAUGACUGACCAAGCCUCCGUUUACUCAAAAGCUCGGCAACAGCGUGUUGUGAAACUUUUGCUGAGGGCUUGACAGCAGAGGUGUGCAAUGAGAGGAGCAAAAGGAACAAGAACUUUACGUUAAAAUCUUUUAUUUUCACUGCUGCAUUCAGAUUAUUUCAUGACUACAGUGCUUGUUAGAAAAACAACAACUGCAAACAGCUGGAAUAUUCCUUUUCCCCUUCGAACUAGAAUGUCUGCUGCCUGCACUGCUGCUGCAGGAAUUUGUGAACCAGGCAUUUUUGGAGGGCAAGUUUCCACAGAGAGACUUUUGAAAUAUUUAUAGCAGCUCUUGUACGAGAAUGGUGGCUGUGACAAAGAGCCUAUGGAUGACCCAGUCUGUGGGAGAGCUGGUGCCGAGACAGUUUACCUCUCCACCAGCUACGCCGUCCGUCUGAAACUCUUCCCCGGAGAGGCACAGCUGCUGCAGGCUGGGGAUGUGAUGGGGUGACUGUUGACACCCCCCUCACCCACCCCCUCUCUCGCUUUAUUAGCACUGCAACAUAAACAAUGGAUCAGAAUUUCUCAACGGUUCGAGAUGGCAAGCAGCUCACCUCCGAGAGGGACUCAUCCAAACGUGUCCUGACAGGAUGCUUCCUCUCCCUGCUCAUCUUCACCACGCUGCUAGGCAACACUCUCGUGUGUGUUGCCGUCACCAAGUUCCGACACCUGAGGUCGAAGGUCACCAACUUCUUUGUCAUCUCGUUGGCCAUCUCUGACCUUCUGGUGGCUAUUCUGGUCAUGCCGUGGAAGGCAGCGACAGAGAUCAUGGGCUUUUGGCCAUUCGGGGCGUUCUGCAACGUCUGGGUGGCGUUUGACAUAAUGUGCUCCACUGCCUCCAUCUUGAACCUGUGUGUGAUUAGUGUCGACCGUUACUGGGCCAUCUCCAGCCCAUUCCGCUAUGAACGCAAGAUGACCCCGAAAGUGGCGUGUCUAAUGAUCAGUGUGGCGUGGACCCUGUCUGUACUUAUCUCCUUCAUUCCCGUCCAGCUCAACUGGCACAGAGCUCAGACCACCGGCUACUCAGAGCUAAAUGGAACGUACUCUGGUGAGCUGCCCCCUGACGACAACUGUGACUCCAGCCUUAACAGGACCUACGCCAUCUCGUCCUCCCUUAUCAGUUUCUACAUCCCAGUGGCGAUUAUGAUCGUCACCUACACCCGGAUCUACCGCAUCGCCCAGAAGCAGAUAAGGAGAAUAUCUGCCCUGGAGCGGGCAGCAGAGAGUGCCAAAAACCGCCACAGCAGCAUGGGGAAUACUUCGAACAUGGAGAGUGAGAGCUCAUUCAAAAUGUCAUUCAAACGAGAAACCAAAGUCUUAAAGACGCUCUCGGUCAUCAUGGGUGUGUUUGUGUGUUGCUGGUUGCCCUUCUUCAUCCUCAACUGCAUGGUUCCGUUCUGUGAGGCGAACUUGCCGGACGGUUCCACGGAGUUCCCCUGCAUCAGCUCCACCACUUUUGAUGUGUUUGUGUGGUUUGGCUGGGCAAACUCUUCGCUCAACCCCAUCAUCUAUGCCUUCAACGCCGACUUCCGCAAGGCCUUCUCCAUCCUCCUGGGCUGCCACCGGCUCUGCCCCGGGAGCAACGCCAUCGAGAUCGUCAGUAUUAACAACAACAUGGGCGCCCCUACCUCGAAUCCCAGCUGUCAGUAUCAGCCCAAGAGCCACAUCCCAAAAGAGGGCAACAACUCGGCCGGCUAUGUGAUUCCCCACAGCAUCCUUUGUCAGGAGGAGGAGUUACAGAAGAAAGACGGAUGUGGAGGUGAAAUCGAGGCAGGGGUGGUAAACAACGCCCUGGAGAAACACUCCCCAGCCAUCUCUGGGAAUUUAGACAGCGAUACAGAGGUCACACUGGAAAAGAUCAAUCCCAUAACACAGAAUGGCCAGCAUAAAGCCGUGUCAUGUUGAGAAAAGGCAAAGGUGGAUCGAAAUAACGUGUAUGUACACACAGAGGGGAAGGAAAGCUCACAGAGGGGGACAGCUGAAGAAACAUUAGAGACAAACAUCUCUAAGGACAUGCCUGACAGGGAACCAGUGAGUGGGAUUUAUGGGACCAUAAGACUGUCAACAAAAACCUACAUAGAAAAAAAAACCUACAGAAUGUUUUAAAGUAAAGGCACUUUAUCCUGGAUACAACUAUCUGCAAAAUACUUUCAGCAUUUAUUGAUGAAAUUGACACAUUUGAUGAUAAAUGUUGAUAAUGUGAAUAUUAAAGCAGAACACUAGCUAAAUGCACAUGUAUACAUUUUUUUUUAAGUAUUUCCAAAGAUGUAUACAUGUGCAUGUGUAUGUGUAUACUGUACAGUACUGACACUCUUCUGGAAGGACUUCAACACAGUAUAUACAGUGGAGGAACAUGUAGUAUUAGUAAAAUAUCUUGUAGCUAGGUGCUUCGUAUGUGUUUCAUGAAAGAGAGAACAAUGUGGGUAAAUUGGUUUUGGUACAGUCUAAUUAGUUGUUUAUUGCAAUGAUUUCUCUUCGGUACACAGCAGUUUUAUUGCAAUGUCGAAACACUUCUAUUAGUGAUAAUUUAUUUUGAUUUCCUCAGACACCAAAGCAACAAUGUUCUCAUUCAAGCUUAAACAAGCAAGGGGAAGGUAAUGGAGUUUGAUACUGUAAGCCAAGUUGUUCAUUUUCUUUCAGUUUUGCACAUGUAUUUUUCUACUGUAUUCUAGUAUUCUUGUUAAAUUUUAAAUUCUCACAGAUCCAGCUGAUGUGUGUGAGAGAAAGAAAGGGAUGGUAAUGGAGAAAGUCAAUGCUACAGUCUUCUUUUCUUCCCUUGUAUCCUGGGACUGAACAGACCGGCUCACCUGAAGUUUCCUCCAUUUCUUCCCCUUUCUUCUUGCCGAUUUUCAGCAAACCCUCUCUAGAGCCCUCUCCUCUCCAUUUUCCUGCUGUCCUUUCGUCAGUCAGCAAAUCCCCCUCCUCCUUCAUGCUGCCUGUAUUUGCCAACCUCUCUCCUCCUUUCUCCUCGCCUCCACCGUUCUCUCUGUGAGCAGGGACCUUUUACACCUGCACCAUACCUUCCUUUUAUGUUUUUUUUCUCCUUCCCUCUGCAUCUUCCACACUAUCUCCUUUGGCAGCCCUCCAUUUAAGUCCUUUCUCUUCCCACUUAGUGGUGCUAAUGAAUCUAUUUUUGGCAAAUGCCAUCAGUCGACAAUUUAAAAAAAAAUGUAAAUGUGUAAACUAAAACUCUGGCACUUGGACAGGGGAGGCAGAGCAGCAGCAGCAGCAGCAGCAGAGUUCACUCAGCCAGAACGCAAAUGACACUUAGUGACCUUUUGCAAACUUGCAGAUAUCCGAUUUUGUAAAUUGUUCAUGCUGGGAGCCAUACUGUGCUGUAGUGGCGAUGUGGAGCAUGCAGUGUGACAGUCGCUCGCUUUGCAGAGGUGGAGCCAAAGAGAAAACACCAUGUUGGGGAUUGCUUAGAUAUCAGACGUAUUUUCUUUCUUUGUACAGAUGCAUUUGAAAAAUCAGGACUCCUUACUAAGAUAUGCAGUUUACAAGUAUUAAGAUCAGUCCGAAUAAUUCUAUUUAUUUAUUUUUUAAAAAAGGCAAUUUUAAGAAAGUUAGUUGAAUUAUGAAAGGUUUUCAUUGCACAUAUUUGCUCUGAAAUCUGUUUCACAGAGAAAUAAAGUGUGUCUUUAAACAUGCAUUUUCAAAAUCUCAUGUUUGCAAACAAACCCACUGUUUGCACUGAUCAAAGUGACUCCACAAUGGUAAUUUCAAGGCUGGCACUAUGUAGAAUUUGCUAAUAAUUAAUGUUAGUGACAGCACUGACAAAGUAAGGCUGCAGCAGCAAAACUCCUGAGUUUAAUGGAGCAAUGAUGUGUUUUAUUAAUGGAUUGAAGAAGAUUGUGUUAUUUCUAUAGCUAAAGUUAUGUUGUUGUGCUUGUUAAAAAAUAUAGAUUAGAAUCAAGGAAAUAAGAAUAUAGGAAGAAGAGAGAAAACUCCCUAUUCGUGAUCUCCAGCUACAUAAUAUAAAACGAAAGUCUAAUUCCUACUGACUUAAACAAAAUUUUUGAAAACCUGUGAGAGUCAGACAUAUUUAGCUCUCUAGUCAAAAUCUCUGCAGCACUUCCUUCUGCUCUGCUCAGUGUUGCCGGGGAAAGAAUUCUCUGCAACAUGCUUUCUGACAUUCUGUGCUCAGCGUCCACCUCGUGCUGUUUGUGUCCAUGAAGGCGUGAAACUGUUGCACAUCAGAGAAAGGAAGAGCUGAUCCAAUAGAUGGGAAUUGGUCUUGAAUGAAGCAUUUGAUUUUCCUGCUCUGGAAAAUCCAAUGCUAUCUGGAUGGCAACAACGCGGGGUAGGAUUGGGGGGGGUGAAGCUUUUAGCUCAAUAUGUGGCUCGGCUUGUGACACAAACGCGACUCAUUGUCCUCUCUGCCUUCUCUGUCCUCAGCCACUUGCUGCUCCACCAGUUUAAAUUUUUAAAAUCAAGUGCAAUUUGGAUUAGCAGUGUUGAAUUAUGAAUUAAUUCUACAAGUGCUCGAGCUAUUUCAAGUGCCACAACGUACCGUAACCCCCCACUGUACGCUCUUGUCCCAUCAGCCGUAUCAGCUCGGCUCAGACCUCCCCUUUCACUCUUCACCAGUUCCUUUAUUUUUACUUCCUAAUUAUUUCCAAACACAAGCCUGCUCAAACAUGCAAUAAAACAUGAACUGCACCUAAUUUGUCAUGAUUGGACAUGGAAGGAAACUGCCUUGGGGAAGACUGCCUUCCCCUUCCCCUUUCACUCCCUCCCACUCCCACACACCUCCUUUUUUUCCCUCCAUCUCUUUCUUUUUUCUCUUGGCUGCCUCUGUCGACUUGAUGAGCGUGCCCGAUGUUAACAGAGAUUGAAUUUAUUAUUAAACAGACAGAGCCUGUUUCUUUCUGUAAUUUAAGUCAAAGAGCUGAAUCAAAGUCCCACCUGGCAGUUUCUUUAUUGUUCUAUUAAUGUGUUGUUUUGGGUUUUUUUAAAUCUGUUUUUUGGCCGAAAUUCCUUUUAUUUCUGGCUGAAUGUGGCUGUACUGUAGCAUAUGCUGUGAUUUAACCAGUGUUUUAUAAGCUGAGAUUUGGGAGGGGGGGUGGGCAUGGGUACUCGUCAUGAUAUUGAGAUUAAUCUGCCAUUUCUUGUGAGAUCAUUGGCAUUCAUGGGUUUACCAGAUGUUCUUUCGUAUAUGCUGUAUGUACACAUUUAUAGAAACAUACCUCCAGCUGAGAGCGGAAAGGAUCUCUUGCUGUAUUGUGGCUCCAUUUAAAAAAAUAACAAAAAACAAGCCAACAAAAAAGAAAAAAAAAAACCUGAGCCUUCACCUUGUCAACUCGGUGAGUCAUCUUUCCAGCUGCCACUGCUUUGAUUUUGGAGAAGGGGCGAUGUCAGGCAAUAGUCCCACAAGCAAAAUGUUUUGUUUGAUCUGGAGCAUUUCCCUCCGGCUGCCCUACAAGUUGCUUUGGGGCACCGUAGUGACAGUACAAGGUCUCUCAAUCAGUGUACUUACAUGAGGUAUGACAACUUAAGCAAAUCUGACAGUGCAGAAUCUCUCCCUCCUCCUCUUCUUCCUCCGAUGACUGGCAAAGGGAAGCAGUAGACAUAGGGCUGAACAACACUCCCAGGCCCUGGGAAUGUGGAGACAUUUGAAUAGUGAUGUUUCAGUUUAUUUAACUGUCUAUAAUAAGGACGGAGUCCCUACCUCAACCUCAAUUCAGUGACAGAGCUUCAUGUAAAAAAAAAAGAAACAUUAAAUGGCAGUAUUUAGGGUUGUGGAGUGCAGGGAUAUAGUAGUAUUGUACAGAGUAUUGUACAAUGAUGUUCAAAAUGUAGUCGUGAUGAACACAAGUGCUUUUUAUCUUCAAGAAAUCCUUAAUGUGUGUAGCAAACUUACAUGCUGUAUGUUUUUUUUUCUUCUCUGGUAUGGGAUUAUAAUUUACAGUAAAAUGCAAUGGUCACUGACUAUUUAUAUAUUUAUUUAUUUUACAUGUUUCUGGUGUCCAUUCAUGAAAGUGAUGUCAAAGAUUAUAACCCUUCAGAAUUAUUACAGUAUUUAGUUUACAGUUUGUAUUAAAAAAAGUAUUUAAAAAAAACGGGCCCUUCUUGUAAAAUAAACAUGUAUGUAUUUUUUUUCA